CAGCCGACAAAAAAACACACGGUGUGUUUCAACACUACAGCAGAAGACAGACGCCAAAUUUUAAUCAUUUUCACAUAGGACUGAUAUCAGAAGAGUCAAGUUCAUGUAACAUGUCACAAUCAUAUUCGUUUACAAUUGCUGUUAGCUGGAGAUGAGUUUGAGAAGAGGAAAAGUUCUGAUCCCUUUUGUGUAAUAAUCACGAUAUUGGAUAUAUAUAUAUAUAUAUCUAUGUUCCACACUCUUAUAAAGAAUCUGUCUGCAAGAUGGAAAAGUUAUCGAUAUCGUUUUGUGCCUUGGAUAGCACUGAACUUCAAAAACAGAACAAUACGUGGAGUACCCAAAGGUAGUGAAGACAAAGUCAUAUCAGAUAAACAAGUUGAAGACACAUUGAAGACAUUAUUCACUAAAAUAAAUGGUGUAUCAUCUAAACCUGAAAUAGUACUAGGAGUUAUGAGAGAUGUACUAGGGUUUACAGUAGAGAAGGCUAAGAGUCAAGUUGGUGGUACUGGGGUGUAUGUUACAAAUGGUGCUGUACCCAAAGGAACUGUGUUGGCAAUGUAUCCAGGUACUGUAUACUUUACUUAUGAACCAAUCCUACUACAGUCUAUUGGCAAUCCAUUUAUAUUUCGAUGUCUGGAUGGUUUAUUAAUUGAUGGUAAUGAUAAAAGUAUAUCCAAGCUUAUUUACAGAUCUUGCAGUAAAAGAGAGCGAUCAGGUCCUUACAUGACUAGUGAUAUGUCUUGGCUUUCAUCAGAUGGUUUACUCAACCCAUUAGCAUUGGGACAAUAUGUUAAUAACCAGUCAAAAAAAUUUCCUGCCAAUGUAGUAUAUCAAGAAUAUGAUGUGACAGAUGAUUUCCCACUACAUCUGAUGAAAUAUAUACCUAAUAUUAGAUACAGUAGCACUCAUCAUAACACUGAAACAAGGUUUAUACGUACAGUGAUUCUAGUUUCAACAAGAGACAUAAAAGCUGGUGAAGAAAUCUUCUCAACAUAUUUUACUAUGGUUUACUGAAGUGAAUCAUCACAUGUCAAACCACUCAAAUGAUAACUAAAAACA